GGGACGCUGCCGGAGCCGGAAAGAUGUCAGCGCCCGCUGUCAAGUACCUGCGGUGAGGGCUCUGUUAGUCAAUAGGAACUUGGAACGCGACGCCCCGAGUCCAGGGUGGUCCCAGUACAGGCAGUGGGGCCAGAGAAGCGAGCGCUAGGUGUUCCAGGGCUGCAGUCGCUCCAGAUGUAAACUAGCCCCGAGAUCCCAGGGUUUUUGAAGUGCCCAGCCUUCGCCUUGGACAUGGCCACCCCCUUUUCCUUCUCUAGGACUCGGCCGGAGGAAGGGCUGUGGGCAAUGCUGUGAGGAUUCUCUCUCGAUAUCCCGGAGUCCCGGGGGGAGGCCGCCACGCUGACGUCCGAGGAGACAGGCCCUGAACCCAGGCUGACUAUGAAGAGUGACCCCUCGGCCUCUGCAGCCCCCCUCAGGGGCCUUGUGGGGCCCCUGCGGAGCAGUGAGCCGGUGCGUGUCACCCCAACCCCGUCGGCUGCUGUGGUUCUGCUGGAGGAGGCGGCCGACCUCUUGGUGGUGCACCUGGACUUCCCUGGGGCGCUGCAGACCUGCGAACGUGCCUGGCUGAGCCUGGACAAGGACGGCCCAGCAGAGGAGCCCGCGGGCACCUCCUCGGAGGUGAAAUGUUCCUUGUGUGUUGUGGGCAUCCAGGCCCUGGCCGAAAUGGAUCGGUGGCAGGAAGUCCUGCCCUGGGUUCUUCGGUAUUACCAGGUCCCUGAAAAGUUACCCGCCAAGGUCCUGGAGCUGUGUGUUCUUUUAUACAGCAAAAUGCAAGAGCCUGGAGCCAUACUGGAUGCGGCCAGAGCCUGGCUUCAAGACCCAGACAAUCAAGGCCUUCCAGAGUACGGAGCCUUGGUACAACUUCACCUGCACCGAGUGCUGCUGCCUCUGGGCUGCUUGUCGGAGGCUGAGGAGCUAGCGGUGGGCUCUGUGACCUUCAGUGAGGAACAGCGGCUGGAUGCACUCCAGGCCAUUAGUACAGCAAGGAAGCAGCAGAACCAGCAGCUCUCCCACUCCAAGGAGGUCCAGAAGCUAAACCAGGCCCAGAAGCUAAACCAGGAAGAUUCCUUCUCCCACAAGUUCCUGUCACUACUGAUGCUGCUUCGCCGACUUUGGAACUCUGCAGUGAGCCACUUCUUUUCCCUGCCCUUCAGAAAGAGCCUCCUGGCUGCCCUGAUCCUCUGCCUCUUGGUGGUGAGGUUUGAUCCAGCUUCUCCUUCUUCCCUGCCCUUCCUCUACAAGCUGGUUCAGCUCUUCCAUCGGAUCCGGGAGACCAUGUUUUCUCCCUUCUACCCGCUCCCCACCCACGACUGAGUGUUCGUCUCCUUCCCCUCAACCUGUCACAUCUGUGGUCACAGAAGCAGAGUAACUCAUCUGUCAGAGCCUGUUUCCUGUUGCAGACUGAGCCUCUCCAGGAGUGUGGCCAACCUAGUUCUAGAAAGAGCUGUUCCAGUCAGGCGAACUACACAGUUUCUCUCCCCUUCACACCCUUGCACCUUGGCUGGCCUCACUGGGUAACAUGGAGACAAAGUGGGUCAGAGGGCACAAGUCCUUGAGAACAGACCCCCUUAAGCCCAGAGGCCCUUCUUAGAGGAGGAAUUUGGGAAAGGAGAGUGCAUCCAUUCCACCUUCUUGGCAAAGACAAGCAGUGGAUUUUUCAAGUUAAGGUGUUAAAGAAGAUGGAAGUUCAGAAAAACCCUGAUGGAGUGAAUGACCUUUGGCCUUUCACUUCACUGAAAACCUUGCCUCUGAAAAUUGCUCCCGAAGGCUUACCUAGGCAGGAAGGUCUGAGAGGGUCUCUUUCUCUUCAUCUGUGCCUCUCCCACAGGAGGAAAACCACCCUUCCCCUGGUUUCACAAUGGGCUGGAAGCUGCUCCAGCCCUGUGUUCACUCCAGGGUUCUGCUUUCAGAACCAACCAGGUGACUCUUUAAAAAAAAAGCAAAGUGAGGCUGCCCAGCCCUUCCCACUGGGUAAAUGAUCUUGCUUGGUAGCUCUUGGGCUUCAGCUCAAUUUUCCAGCUUGUCAGUGGCCAAGUCCUGCUCCAUUACUCUCAGUAUCUCUGUCCUCUCUUCCCCUCCUGCUGCCUGCAGUGGUGUUUUUGUACUUUGCCCUGUGGCCGUUUCACCAGGUUCUCCCUGUAACCUGCCCCCUUGCUUCCCACGUGACUGCUGCCCCCCUUUCUGUGUCCUGUUGUUCUAGUUAUAUUCCAUUGUUGGUAUAACGCACAAGUUUUUCUGCUCAUGUGAUGGUGAAAAGUAGGCCAGGCUCGGAGGCAGAUGAGCUGAAAAUGGAACUGGGUAAUCAGGUGAGCUGGAAACAACAUGCUGAGGGAGUUGGCAGCAGGGAGACAGGGUUUAGAAGACAGUAACAAUUUUAUUCAUUGUUAAGGGGAGGAGGCUUCCCCGACUUAGUGUUUGAGUAACCAAUGUUUUGGUCACUGGCCACAGGAGUCUUACACAUGCAAAGCCCUGUGCUGGGAGGGCUGGACAAGCUGCAGCAGGGCGGCCUUUCUGGACCGAAGGUCAAGGAACCUGCCCCUGCUGGGCCCCGGUCACUGUUGAUGCCAAGAGCACAGGAGCUGCCUAUUUGCUUUUCUGUGGCACAGUCAUGUGGAGUGGGAGUCAACAAUUCUCUUUUAGAAAAGUGGGCAGGGUAAGGAAGUUUCACAGGCCCUUGGGAGGUUAAGACCCUAGGAUGUGGUCUAACUCUAGGAAACAAAUCUAUGCUUUCAUGUAUGGGCUUUUAAACAGAGUUAAGAAUCCCGGGUGCGAAGGGAGAUGGGUCAGCUGUCAGUUCUCUCCUUUAAAAUGAUUUCUUAAAAUGAAAACCCACUCUUGUUCACUAUCCUAGAUCAAGCUCUUUAAUGGCUUCCCAAGACCAACAGGAUAAAAUCCAGGCUCUUCUUCAUGGAAUUUUAGGUCCCUUGUGCGCUGCUUUUGGCUGACACCUCCACUUUCACAUGGGCCCUCUGCUCCUUAUGCUCCCCGCCCUCCAGCGACCCGGCCAGCCUCAGCUUUCUGAUGUCUGCGUGUUCCCUCACACCGCUGUGCCUUUCCCAGCUCCUGCUCCUCUGCUCUGUCCGGUGCCCUCCUUGGCCUGGUGAGCUCCUCGACCGAGCAGACUUAUUCAAGGUCACCGCUGGGCUCCUUUCCUAAUGUCGCUACUCCCAGGCCUCCAUUUCGUACCCCUGCUGUGGUAGUGACCCAUGGCCUUAUAAUUGUGAAAUUCUUUAUCGCCUCCGGUCUCAGUGAGCUCGUGAAGCUGGGGAGUUGCGACUUGUUGCAGUGUUAAGAGUCAGGCUGGAGCCCUGCCCGCCUGCACUCACAAGGUUUGACUGUUGGAAAGUGAUUUAACCUGUCUGGCUGUUCUCAACCCUAUGGCAGGGCUUGCCUCAUAGGGACUUUGAGUAAAGGCGAUCCUGCUUAGGAAGUCUUCAGCUUCUUCUCCUGCCUGAAGAGCUCCCAGGAGCUCGCUCUCCCUGUGGCUCAGCCGGGAGCCUGGGAGUUGGGUAUUCAGAGUUGUCUAAAUAAAUGGGUAGAACUGAAAUGCGCUUUGGGUGAGUGUGUGGGCUUUGUAUUGUGAAACCCUGAGUCUAAAGAAGACCUAAUUCUGUGCAACUCAUUUUCCCGUCUCUCCCUGAAGUUCCCCAGCGGCGUUCUGCCUGCAGGCCUCCAGGUUCCCUGCUUUAUGUUUGCCGAUCUCUGCAGUGCUGCCUGCUAACCAGCCUUCCUUCCUCAUCAGACAGGGAACUUAGAACCAAAACUGCUUUGACAACUUUAACCUCUUCUAAGGAUGCAGGCAGGUCCUCAUGUCAGUCUUCAGUUCUGGGCUUAAGAGGUCAGAAGCAAAGGAAGGACUUUUUUGUUAGACUUACAGAUACUGUAAGCCGUUAGGCAGAUGUGGCUUUUGAGCUCUGGAACUAUGAUUGGUCCAAAUCAAGAUGUUCUGUAAAUAUAUAGUAUACUUUGGAUUUCAAAGAUUCAGUACCAAAAAAGAGAAAAUGGAAACUCAGUAAUUUUUAUAAUGAGUGCUUGUUGAAAUAAUAUUUUGGAUAUAUUGGGUUAAAUAA